AUGGCUUACAUGGCCGGGCAUUCUGGUGGUUAUGGUAUGCUUCGAUUUACAAAACAGGAUUUGUAUAAUUAUGUACAUGGGCAAAAGCUUACGCGAAUAUGUGAUGGGGAUGCAGCAGCCACUAUCGGUUACUUCGAGGGUAAGGCAAAUGCAGACAUGCUGACCUCGGCAUGUUACACACGGACCCCGGACAAUCGCUUGGGUAGCCUAUUUUGGGCAGAUGGGGAGAUGAUGGCGAACUAUCAGCUAUUCGGUGAUGUUUUGGCGUUUGAUUCUACGUAUCGUUCUAACAAGUACAGGAAGCCGCUGGUGGUUUUUUCUGGGUCAAAUCACCACAAACAAACAUCCAUUUUUAGGUUCGCGUUGCUAGAGGAUGAAGAGGUACGCACUUAUCGGUGGGUGUUGUUGAACCUGUUGGAUGUCAUGGGACAUAAGAAGCCUUGUGUAGUAGUCACCGAUGGGGACAAGGUGAUGCGCACUACAAUUGUAGAUGUGAUCUCGACCGCGAAACAUAGAUUGUGCGGUUGGCACCUGGAGAAGAAUUGUGUCCAGAGGGUUAAGGAAACAGAAUUCCGCAAGGUUUUUAAGAAAGCUCUCUAUGCAAACUUGGAAAUCAACGAGUUUGAGGAGUAA